CGGCCGGGCGGCGCCGCGAUGGGAGCUACGAGCAGCGGCCCCGGCCCGGCCCCGGCUCCGGUGCGGCCCCCCCAGGGCCGCGCCGUGGGGUCGUGGGUGCGGGCGCUGUUGAGCCGAGCAGGGUCGGUGCCGGUAUCGGUACCGGUGCCGGUACCUGGGCUCGCCUUGGCGCCGCGGGGCCCCGCCGAAGAGCCGCCGCUGCCCGGGUGGCCGCUGCCGCAGCUCGUCUCGUUGUUCCUGCCGGAGUUCCCCGUCCGCCCCUCCGCCCGCCAGCAGCAGCUCAAGAUCCUGGGCUUCGUGGCCAAAGGCUCCUUCGGGACCAUCCUCAAAGUGCUGGACUGUGGGCGGGAGAAGGUCUGCGCCGUGAAGGUUGUGCCCAAAGUGGAGGUGCUGCGCCGUGACACCCUCAAACAGUGCAAAGAAGAAGUCAGCAUCCAGAGACAGGUCAGGCACCCGUUCGUCCACGGGCUGGGGGACAGCUGGCAGGGCCAGCGCCACCUCUUCAUCAUGUGCACCUACUGCAGCACCGGGGACCUGCACGCGCUGUGGCGCACGGCCGGCUGCUUGGCCGAGGCCACCGUCCGCCUGUUCGCCGCAGAACUGGUGCUGGUGCUGGUGUACCUCCACGACCUGGGCAUCAUGCACAGAGAUGUCAAGAUGGAGAACAUCCUCCUGGAUGAGAGAGGGCACCUCAAGCUCACCGACUUUGGCCUCUCCCGAUACCUGCAGUGGGGUGAGCGAGCCCACACAAUCUGUGGCACCCUGCAGUACAUGGCCCCAGAGGUGCUGAGUGGGGGGCCCUACAGCCACGCAGCCGACUGGUGGUCCUUGGGAGUCCUGCUCUUCGCCUUGGCCAGUGGGAAGUUCCCUGUGGCCCCAGCGGAGGACCAUGUAGCCAUGCUGGAACGUGUCAAACAGAGCAGCUAUGAGAGCCCACCUGAGUUCAGCCCCGAGUUGGCCCGGCUGCUCGCCGAGCUGCUGUGCCACAAUCCCUUGUACCGCCUACGCUACCUCCACCACUUCAAGGGCCACCCCUUUUUCCGCGGGGUGGCCUUCGACGCUGACCUGCUGCAGAAGGACCCGGUGGUGGUGGCAGUGGCCCCGCGAUCCCCCGAGCAGCCCCCACCCGACCCCGCCACUUUCGCCGACUUUGACUGCGACCUCGCCGCCUCCCCGGACCGGCCCUGGCCUGGCUGAGCCACCACGGCUGGGACCCUCGGCAUCGCUCAGGGACAUCCCCCCACCCCGGCAGCGGGUCGGACCCUGCUGGGCCGGGUCCCCCAAGGGUUACCUGGGUAACCCCCAGUCUCAUCCCCGGGUACCUCAACUCUGUACCUCUCCCCGCGGGAGCAAUAAACCCGAGAGCCGCGGGC